GCUUCAAGAAGCAUUAGUUUUUUCUUCUCGGGAGCUAGCAAUGGAAGAUGAAGGGCAAGAACAUCCUAAUAGUCCAAGCCAUGGCUCAGAGAGAAACAACGAGCCAGUGAGGUCAAGGUGGACUCCGAAGCCGGAGCAAAUCCUUAUACUGGAGUCUAUCUUCAACAGCGGAAUGGUAAAUCCCCCCAAAGACGAAACUGUGAGAAUAAGAAAACUGCUCGAGAAAUUCGGUUCGGUCGGCGAUGCAAACGUCUUCUACUGGUUCCAGAACCGGCGCUCGAGAUCUCGCCGCCGACAGCGCCAGAUGCAGGCUUCCCUCGAACAAAGAAAUCAGGCCCAAGUUGUCACCGGUGCAACUCAUCAGUUCGAGAGCAGCUCCGGUUUGGGUGUCGGCCCUUUGUCAACUUCUUUUCCAUCUUCUUAUCAUCUUGGUUCCUCGUCCUCGACUGGAGGACUUACCGGCAACGUCGACGCUGUCGGUCAUCACUGUCUCUUUUCAGUCUCCGGUCAACUUGGUUUCCCGGAAAUCGUGCAGGGCUCCGCCGCGACGCCCGGUUUAUGUCGUUCAGAUACUUUAAAUUUGCAGUACCAAUCUGGAUUCAUCACAGUGUUUAUUAAUGGGGUUCCAACAGAAGUUCCAAGGGGGCCACUUGACAUGAAAACAAUGUUUAGUCAAGAUGUUGUGUUGGUCCAUUCCUCUGGAGUGCCUCUACCCAUCAAUGAAUUUGGCUUCUUAAUGCAGGGGUUGCAGCAUGGCGAGAGCUAUUUCCUGGUUUCAAGACCAGCUUAAGAAAUAAAGCCGCACCAAUCAAUGGGAGAAAUUCCAACUUCUUUUAAUUCCUCUUGCUUAUUGUCUC